AUGACAGUCCUCAAUAAUGUUACAUGUGGACUGGUGGGUCUUGCCACCUUCACCCUGGUACUGUUCUAUGUCAAAUAUGCAUGGAGGCGAAGGAAGAUGCCACCAGGGCCUUCACCUCUGCCCAUUUUUGGAAACUUUUUGCAGCUUCAGACUAAAGGACUAAUGCCAUGCUUAUUGAAGAUGGCAGAGAAGUAUGGUCCGGUGUACACUCUAUACUUUGGCUCAAGACCCACUGUCAUUGUUUCUGGAUAUGAGGCUGUGAAAGAGAUUUUGGUUGACCUUGGAGAUAUUUUCCUGGACCGAGGAACUAUUCCUAUAUUUGAAAGAUUUUACAACAAAAAAGGCCUGCCUCUCAGCAAUGGUGAAUCCUGGAAACAGCUGAGACAAUUUUCCCUUCAUACUCUGAAAGAUUUCGGAAUGGGCAAGAAGACUUUAGAAGAACCAAUUCAAGAGGAAGCACACCACCUUGUAGACUACUUCAGAAACACUAAAGGGCAGCCAGUAAAUCCCAGCACAAUAUUUAGCUGUGCUGCUUCCAAUAUAAUUUCUUCCAUAUUGGUGGGGAAACGUUAUGAUUAUGCUGAUGAGAAGUGGAUGAAGAUUCUCCAAGACAUGCGGGAUUCGUUUGCUCUAAUUUCCUCCCCCUGGGGACAGUUGUAUGACAUGAUUCCUCACAUUAUGCGAUAUCUGCCAGGACCGCACAGAAGAAUGUUCCCUCUUUUACUAAAUCUAAAGGAAAUUGUGAAAGAGAGUAUCAGAAGCCAUCAGGAGACUCUGGAUCCAGCCUGCCCACGAGAUUACAUAGAUUGCUUCCUCAUCAGAAUGGAACAGGAAAAGCUGGAUUCCCAAACUUGUUUUGAUAAAACUAACCUAAUAUCCACAGUAUUUGACAUGUUCAUUGGUGGAGCAGAAACCACAUCUGUUACAAUCAAUUUUGGAGUCUUGCAUCUUAUAAAGUAUCCAGAUGUUCAAGAAAAACUCCAUGAGGAGAUUGAUCAAGUGAUCGGCCGUUCGCGACAACCAAAGGUAGAAGACAGGAACCAGAUGCCUUAUAUGAAUGCUGUUAUACAUGAAAUCCAGAGAAUUAGUGAUGCCAUUCCAUCGGGGUGCAUUCGUUCUACCACACGGGAUGUAGACUUCCGUGGAUACAGAAUUCCAAAGGGCACAGAUGUUUUGCCAGUACUGACCAGUGUUUUAAAGGAUGCUUCACAGUUUGAAACUCCUGAAGCGUUUAAUGUCAAACAUUUUUUAGAUGAGGAUGGAAAAUUUAAGAAAAAUAAUGGAUUUAUGCCAUUUGCUGCAGGAAAGAGAGCAUGUAUUGCAGAAAGCUUGGUGCGAAUGGAACUUUUCAUCUUCUUCACGACUGUUUUGCAAAUAUUCACCCUUCAGUCACCUGUGGACCUCAAGGAACUCAAUAUUGCUCCAACAGAGAGUGGAAUAGAAAAUAUCCCUCCAGCUCAAGAAGUCAUCUUCAUCCCUCGAGAGUAAAAAGCAACAGCG